AAUCCGCCACAAACUGAGAGAAGAAGAGGAAGAGGAAGAAGAAUAACUCACCGCGGUUGCUCCAGGGUUGCUCUCAGUUCUGAGUGGUAAAAAUGGCGUCGAGGGCACCGGUAGCAACAGGCAGGCUCCUAAUGGGGUUCCGCAAAUGGUAUUACAACAUGGCCGGCUUCAACAAGCUGGGUUUAAUGCGCGAUGACACGCUCUAUGAGGAUACGGAUGUGUCGGAGGCUCUGAGGAGGAUCCCAGAGAACCAGUACAACGACAGGGUGUUCAGGGUGAAGAGAGCGAUGGAUCUCUCCAUGAAACAGCAGGUCCUCCCUAAAGAGCAGUGGACAAAGUUUGAAGAGGAUGUCCAAUAUCUGUCACCUUACCUGAAGGAGGUGGUCCAGGAGAGGAAAGAAAAGGAGGAAUGGAUGAAGAACUAAAUGGUUCUGAAGUCCUCGUCCUCAGUCUGUGCAUGAUUGUCCCCUGGUGUAGUAUUUAAAAUGAAAACCUUACCUAUAUAAAACAUUGCUCAUUAAAGAAAUUGUACAUUUUA